GUCCUCACGCUGCACUCGUCUCUGUCCUGUAUAAGGAUUCUGCUCAUCUCGUGCAAAAUAAGAUUCUUGACUAUCUAAGGAUCAAAAGCUUAUGAUGUACAAAUGAUCCAAAGACUCGAACGCGAAAGACUCUCUGUUUCUUAUAUAUAGGCUUCCUCUGUUGAGACUAAAGACUCCUGAUUUUCGUGGAGAGAAUUCAUCUGCGCCGGGAACUUCCGCCCCGGAAGUUUUCCACCCUAUUUCUUCCGCCCCUCUGGAUGCCUCUCUUUCAGCGACACAAGGUAGCGAAGUCCGCUUAUUUAUUUACUUCUUUUUGAAUCCAAUCAAAAUAUAGGACAACUCCACACACACACACACAAACUAAAAAUGACGUCCAGACGCAUGCUGCAACGCUGUCCUGUAUUCGUGGCUGUUUCGUCUCAUGUGGAACUUUUUUGACUAUCUAAGGUUUACCCGCUUAUUUACUUCUUUUUGAUUAAGUCCUAUGGAAAACUCACUCAACUGCGAGAUACAAAGCAUUCAUUAAGUCGGCACUUAAUGCCUACAGCAUACCACUCAUCAGGCCGAUUCCCUCCACUUCUAAGCUCCACCCGAUUCAGUAACUUCGAUGAAUAUAGCUAGCGUUAUUUAGUUGACUUUAAAAAACUAAACUCCAAGUCCAAGCGGUCGCAGUAACUGCUUUAGUUAAGUACGUACUGCAGGUUUUAUAAGUCUUAGGGAGGCCUGCUCACGUGAUCUACGAUGUGUUGAUAACCUUUUUAAUUGCUUAAUUUCCUGGUUAUUUAGGCUCUUCUCCAGUAAGUUCAUUUUUCGAUGAGCAGGCAUGUCAUACCCUUGCAGGUUGUAACACUUGCUUCCAGGGCCCUACAUUGUUAGGCUGUGCCUUAGUUGUUCUUCAGAGGCGAUUGCAAUAUAGUCCUCUCCGAUAGUUGUAGUUUCUUGGCCGUUGUGAUACGGUUUUCUUGCUCUCCCGGUAUGUAAGUUUUUAAGUGGGUUUUUUUUUAAGUAGUUGAAUGGGAGGCAGCAUGUAGUCCUAUGGAAAAAAAAAUGAUGUAGAAUAGCCUAAUCCGGGGAUAUCCUGAUCCUGAACUUGAACUUGAACUUGUCGAGGAGAUAAAAAUAGCAUCAACUUCAUAUACAAUCGACUACUUCGCCACCGGCAUGAAGAAUACGACUUCGAUGACAUUUCUUUGUUGGGGGAAUGUCCUUUGUAGUCAUAAUGAGCAGACAAGUGCAACUUUUUGAUUGUCAGCGCUAAAGUAGAAUUAGCUUACACAACCCAUCCAUUAUACGUUUAGCACGUGCGUGGUCUGUUAUGACAGCAUCAUGGUCACAUUAUGAUUUUCCUGCAAGAGUCGUGAUAAGCAGAACAUGUCACAGUUUUGCGAUUUCCUCCUCUUUGCGCUUCUGCCAACUCAGAGUUUGGACCCAUUUUGCUCUUUGGUUUCGGUUGGUUUCUUUGGUUCAGUAUUCAGUAGCGUGAAUAAGUAGAAGUCAUUCGAAAAGAAUUUUGUUGAGACGAUGUUUCCCAGUCGAGUAAAGUAGUGCGUGUGGCAAACUUCCCUUUGCGUGUGUUAUAUUUCUACUUUGGAUUUUUCGCGCGAUGUCCUCCUGCUGGUGGGAAGUGGGAGUUUGCCGACAAGGGAAAAAGUUCAAAUAAUUCAAUUUUCCGUUAUUUCCUGUGUUGGUUAAGUGCUUAGGUAGUCGUGCCUAGGUCUGAUUCUUUAUGAAAAGUGAUUUCCUCGCCUCUCCUCGAUUCCGUAUUUGUCAUCGAUUCCGCGGAUUUAAGAACUGAAAAUUCAUAGAAGACAAUUACGAUUCUCCGUGUUUGUAUUUCUGUCAGAAUUUUGCUAGAGAUGAGAUUGAACUUCGUCCAUGGGUCAGAUGUAGGCGAUACUUUACAACAAGAACGCGGGGGAACGUUAAAUCUGUGGUGCAGUUGACGACUCUAUGCCUGUGAUGCUCUGUUGUGUUGUGAAAUUCACAGCGCUCGGAUACUGCAUAGUGGCGACAAUUGGUUGGUCGUUCCUAUUCUUUUACUGGUAUCGUCAUGACCCUCAACCUCUACGCCUGCCUUUCUGUUUUCAUAGGAAAACUAUAAUUUGUGCGCUGGUCACAGAUUGUCCUCCGAUUUUUCCUGAUUGGCUCUGAUCCUGGAUGCGUCUCUUGGGUCUGGAGCUGCUAAGAAAUCGAAUGUUAUGC